UCAAGCAGAGGGCGAGAGAGAGAGAGACUCACAAUGAAAACAAAGAGCCUGUAUGAGGGUACCGGAGGGACACUUAUUACCUUUGGGAUUAUAAGCAUUUUCUCUGGAAUUUUUGCUUUCUUUCCUGUUUUUUCUUAUAAGCCCUGGUUUGCUGGCUGGAGCGUUCGAAUCGCCUGUCCCAUCUGGAAUGGAACUUUGGCUGUUAUUGCUGGUGUACUUAUCCUUUUGGCGGACAGAGGACAAACACAAAGAUCACUUUGGGAAGCUAGCUUCACCUUUGGCAUAUUGAGCAUCAUGGGCUCCCCAAUUCAAUUUGCUGUUGCAAUUGUCUCCAUCCUGCUUGGUCCAUACUGCUACUAUUCAUUUGCUGGGAUUGCAGGGACUAACUAUCUCAGUUAUGCAGUUUUGUUCCCUUUUCCCUAUGAGGAAUUUAUGUCUCUUUGCAAGGACCCACUCCACUACGAGUGGUACCAUCUGGUUCUACAAAUACUAGACCUUUGCUCAAGUUUUGUCAUGUUUUGUGCUUCUUUGGCUAUUGUGAUCAAGCUCACUGCAAGACUGCUCCAGUUUGGACAUUUAAAUGUGGGUAUUAAUCAUUAUGGGGAAGGUGGUUUACUGCCGGUAACACAGUAGCUGUAUGUACUGUAAUCAUGUACAGUAAUGAAUGAUGUCACAUCAAUGGCCAUUAAAGGGCUACAAGCCUAAUGAAAAGGUUGCAAGCCAUGAGCUUAGUUUAAAAUGAGAUUUGAAAGACCAAAGAGCUUGCAAUCCACAGCACUGGACAUCGGUUGUAUUUGUAUUUCCGAUGAGCUUUAUUGAUAUUGUUCAUAAUUUCCCUGCCUUCCAUGGUAUUUUUCAGAGGACAUGAACUGACCUUUUGUUAUUUUUAUGGUUACUACUCCUUCUCCAAUAUAUAUUUCCCCAGACAGAUGUUCCUGCAUUCUGUUAACCACUUCCUGUUCUUCACUGAGAGUUCAGUCCUGUUAGAUCAGGGAUUGGCAGCCUUUGGCACAUGGCUCACCAGGGUAAGCACUCUGGCGGGCCGGGCCAGUUUGUU